AUACGAAUACCCAGAUAAUUUCAUUGUGCGGGAUGACGCAGUGUUAUUCGGUGCAUUCGAAAAAUAAACUUUGAACUUGAUGUCCGUGAUAAAACUAACUUUGCUUCACUCUGGCCUUCCGGCGACAAAGUUUGUGCAGUAUUUCCGUAGGUGGUGGAAGUGUUUGCUGCAUGUGCAGGGAACGUAUCCAACAGUCAUGUUCCUGUACCUCCUUGGACUGGUGAUCUUCUACUAUCUGUACCGUUGGUUCCGAGAGAUCCCCAGGGUCCCAGAUAGAGGCAACAAAUAUGUGUACAUCACAGGCUGUGACUCCGGUUUUGGCAACCUGCUAGCCAGACAUCUGGACCAGCGGGGUUUCUCCGUGAUCGCUUCCUGCUUCACGGAGAAGGGAGAGGAAGAUCUGAGGAAGGCCUGUUCAGACAGACUCACCACCCUCCACCUGGAUGUCAGGAAGAAUGAGAGCAUCGACAAAGCAGCCGCUUUGAUUAAAGACAAAGUCGGGAGUAAAGGCCUUUGGGCUGUGGUGAACAAUGCAGGCGUGGCCACGCCCUCGGCCAACUGUGAUUGGCUGACCAUCGAAGACUACAAGUCCAUGCUGGAUGUGAACCUUAUCGGGGUCAUCGCGGUCACCCUGAGUGUGCUGCCCCUCAUCAAGAAGGCCAGGGGUCGAGUGGUCAAUGUGGCCAGUGUGUUUGGCAGGAUCAGUCCAGUGGGGGGGCCGUACACCAUUUCCAAGUAUGGAGUUGAGGCCUUCAACGACAGUCUGAGGAUGAAUAUGGCGCCUUUUGGAGUCAAAGUCCUCUGCAUCGAGCCAGGUUUCUUCAAAACCACUGUGACUGACACCGUCGUGCUGGGCAACAGUGUCAGGCAUCUCUGGGAGAAGCUGCCACAGGAAGUCCGGGAUGACUAUGGACCCGAUUAUUUAGAUAAGGUGGACAAGAUGAUGAAGGACAAGCUUGUCAAGAUGUCCGACCCCGACCUGAUGAAGGUGGUGAGCUGCAUGGAGCACGCGGUGGCUGCCGUCCGUCCCCGAACCCGCUACUCCCCUGGGUGGGACGCCAAGUUCUUCUGGUUGCCCCUGUCCUACAUGCCGACCGUGUUCGCCGAUUGGAUACUGCUCAAAGAGGCCAUCUUACCAGCCAAAGCCAUCAACUGAGGCCGAUGUCUUGGUUGUGUUCACAAGUUUAGACAUUGCUGAAUUAUGCCAGUUCUUACAACGCCUGAAGAGGUAUUUUCCAUUUUGGCCAAGUCCUGUUAUAGAAACGCAGCACCUGAUAUGCUGUCAGUGGUACUCCACUGGAACAACCAUUAUUCAGUCAGUGCAAAAAUUAUUAAAUGUCUAUAUCUAGGAUCUGCAUGUCUUGUGAUUGGAUUUGCUAUAGCAUGACUUGGACUGAAACAGGGGUGCACAUUCUCUACUACUCUGGAUGUCCUGCACUUUUUGCUGCAGACUUCCUUAAUGUCCUUUUUAAUCAGAAACGCACCAGUUUGUUUUUAUUCCUGCCUCCGAUAAGCACUGUUGGGUUAUUUAUUGGCUUCAUUUCAAGCACUGUCCAUUGAAUGUAGAACAGUUAUGGCCAAUGAAUAAACAAGGUUAACAGCC